GCUAGGCGACGCGGCGGCGCGGCCUAACGCGGCGGGCUCGAUCUCAGGCCGGGUUUUACUGCGGUCCCGCGGCCUUAAAUCGUUGGUCCAUCUUCUGAGGAGCCUCUGCCCGACCUCGGAGCCCCGCCAUGGAGAGGUACCACGUGCUGGAGGUGAUCGGAGAAGGCUCCUUCGGACGAGUGUACAAGGGGCGGCGGAGGUGCAGCGCCCAGGUGGUGGCUCUGAAAUUCAUCCCCAAGGUGGGGCGGUCUGAGAAGGAGCUGAAGAACCUGCAGCGGGAAAUUGAGAUUAUGAGAGGCCUCCAUCACCCUAACAUCAUUCAGAUGCUUGACAGCUUUGAGACUGACAAAGAGGUGGUGAUGGUGACUGACUAUGCAGAGGGGGAGCUAUUCCAGAUCCUGGAGGACGAUGGGAGUUUGCCCGAGGACCAGGUCCAGACCAUAGCUGCCCAGCUGGUCUCUGCUCUCUAUUACCUGCACUCCCACCGCAUCUUGCACCGUGACAUGAAACCCCAGAACAUCCUGCUGGGCAAAGAUGGUGUCAUCAAGCUCUGUGACUUCGGGUUUGCACGUGCCAUGAGCAUCCACACCAUGGUGCUGACUUCCAUCAAGGGCACUCCACUGUACAUGUCCCCUGAGUUGGUGGAGGAGCGGCCAUAUGACCACACAGCAGACCUGUGGUCUGUGGGCUGCAUCCUGUAUGAACUGUUCAUGGGCACACCUCCCUUCUACACAAGCAGCAUCUUCCAGCUUGUCAGCCUCAUUGUCAAGGACCCUGUCAAAUGGCCUAAGGCCAUAAGCCCAGCCUUCAAGAGCUUCCUGCAGGGGCUGCUAAUGAAGGACCCCCACCAGCGCCUGUCAUGGCCAGAGCUGCUCUCCCACCCCUUUGUUGCUGGACGGGUUACUGUGAUUGAUGACACAGAAGAGCAUGGGAUCUCAAACCCCUUCACCACCAAGCUGUCCCCAGAGCUACAGGCCCUGAAGGAGCAGCAAGCCCAUUCUCUGGCCCCUAGGAGUGGCCAGUCCAGGAUCCUGAGAAAGGCUCGGCAGAAGAUGGCUGAGGAGGCACAGAAAAAGGGGCAGCUGAAGGCAAACAUUACAUCUGUGAAGGACUCCGGCAAAGGACACACCAGACAUAAACCCAGAGCAGCUUUUGGAAAGGCAGCCCUUGAGGAGGAGGUGGAGCUACCACCAUCCUUCAAAGAGAAGAAAUCUGGUGUCCUGCAAGGAAAGAACAGCAUGGCAGAGUGGCAACUGAAGGAGCCUCCUCCCAGCCCACGGGAGCACAGCAUCACACAAGAUUAUGAGCGGGAGUUUCCCCAGCCAGAAGCACCUCUGCAGCUUGCUGUUGGCAAAGCAGAGCUCCGAGGCAGGCAAAGCAUCAAGGCUGUGGACCUGGAGAGUGAGGAGCAGGAGAGUGAUGAGGAGUGGCAACACCUGAUCGAGGCCACAGAGCCCUUGGCCAUGCAGCUGAGCACCCCUCUUAGCCUCCUGAGGGACCCAGCCUUCCGGCACCGUGUCCAAGCCCGGCUUGCAGAAUCUGCUCAGCAAGUGCUGGAAGGGAUGCUUGAGGGAGCCUCCCAUCUCCGUCCUGUGCUUCGCGUUGUGGGAAAUCUCCUGGCUACCCGCUGUGACUCUGAGCUGCUGAACCUCUUUUGCCAAGAGCUGAGCUUGCCAUUGUCCCUGCUGCAUCUGGCCAAGCAGAUGCUGGAGAGUGGCAGCACCAGGCAGCAGCCCUGGUGUAUCACAGUGCUGACAGACCUCAUCAUGGUGACCACAGUUUACUUCAGCAGUGAAUGCAACCUGGAGAAGAGCGGGCAGGACAGCCUACAGACCAUCCAGGAGAGUGCCAACCACUUCCUAGCCUUGCUGCCAGAUUUGCUGGCCGAGCCAGCUGACAGUGAGAUGAGACUCUGCCAGCAAAGCCUCCUGUGCUUUACCCUGCUCUGUGAGAGCCUGGAUGCGAUGUGCCCCUCUAUCUCUGCCCCCUUCUAUGCCAGCCUGCGAGAGGAGAAUGAGCCCCUGCUGGACAGACUCCUUCAGGGAUUGAUCUCUGAGCAACCUGCUCUGCAAGGUGCAACAAUGGAGGCCAAGUCAGCUCAUGACCAGAGACAGUGCGUGGCAGACCUUUGUACGGCUGCACUGGCAGCUGCCUGCAGCAUCCCCCUGGCACAGAGCAGCUGUCGGGAAACCAAGCAGCAGGUUGCUCAGGAGAUAGCUGGAAAGCUUAUGGAUGGCGAGUGCCAGCAGCUUGGGAAGCUGCUGGGGAGGCUGGAGCACCCAAAUUGCUCCUUGAAUGUUCUCAAGAUCCUCUACACUUGCUGCUAUGCCAGCCCGAGUCUGUGCCAGCACCUGGGGAGGAGCCAGCAAGUAUGGGAUUUCCUUAUGCAGCUCUCAAAGGGCAAGGUCCCCAUGGCAGAGGUGACUCGGAAGGUGGCCUGUGAGGCCUCCCUAUACCUGCUGGCCCUGCUUACCCUGCAGCCCCAGGCCUCUCCUUCCAGGCUGGAGGAGGUGGUUACCCUGGCCUUGGAUGUGCUCACUCAGUCUCCUGUCAUCUCUGUUGUGGGUGCUGCAGCAUUCCUCCUGACACAGCUUGACCAGCGUGGGGUGCCAGUGGCACUUCAGGGAAAAGAAAUCUUACCAGCAGUGACAAAUGCACUGAUGGAGCCUGCUGAGCUGCACUUCUCGCUGCCUAUGGGUGCUGGUCUCUAUGACGGGAUCAUUUUCCUCCUGUUGAAGCUGCUUGCACAGGAAGAUGUGGCUGUGGAGCAGAGCUUUGCUGCCUCAGAGUUGUGGAACGUGGUGUGGCACUGUGUUCCUGCAGUGCUUUGCAUGGGCAGCAGUGGGGCAGCACUGGAGGGAGACAGCCCAGGGGCAGGGCCCCCUGUGGCAGAGCCAGACUGGAGCCUUCUCUCCCCUCAAGGCACACUGCUUUUCUUAAGCCUGGCCCUCUUCAUCUUCACUCGUGAGACCCACCGGUGCCUGCCUCAGCUCACCCAGUCCCGAGGUGUCUUCAUGGUGAUGCUGAAGACACUGCUGUCCCCUCGCUUCCUGGCGUGUCUGGCACAGACGCAAGCAGGGGAGAAUGGAGAGGCUGAGCUCAUCCCAGCUGUAGUGAUCCAGGCCUGCCAGCUCCUCUGUUUUCCUUUUGCCCUGGACGUGGAUGAAGACACCAUAGCAUUAGUCAUCGAGGCAGUGAGAGACUCCCAGAUCCCUCCCCAGCUACUACAGGUCUGCUGUCACCAUCUGCCUUUCUCAGACACUGAGCUCCCCAUGAGCCUCUUAUGCCGCCUUGUUGUGUCCGAUGAGCAGGUCACAGACCAAAUAGCAAGGGAGGCUGCCACCUCAGAGCACAUCAUUGCCUACUUGAGUACUGUGUUGUUUUCAGGCAGCCUCACACUCACAACUGACCUCCUGUCUCUCUUGACUCAUGUGGCUCGGACCUGUCCGGAGCACCUGCCCUUUCUCCAGAGGAUUUUAGGGGGUUCAGAUAUGUCCUACCAGGCACUGACCCACCUACUCAGCCACCAGGAACACCCCAUACGAGCCAAAACCUGCAAUCUGCUGGGCAACCUGCUCCGACACAGCCACGGCUUUCCCCAGGUGCUGCAGAACCAGCCUGGCUUACUGGAGAGCCUGCUGGUGUGCCUGGCUGAUGAGGAUGAGGCUGUGCGCAAGGCAGCCAGCUUUGCGGUGGGUAAUGCUGCUUAUCACGAGUCCUCCCCAGCCGGGACUCUGGGCAGGGCCGUGCCCAGGCUGACGCAGCUGCUGAGUGACCGGCAGGCCAAGACGCGCUGCAAUGCGGCCUCAGCCCUGGGCAACUUGGGCCGGCGCUCAGCAGAGCUCGGGGAGUUGCUCAUCGAAAGCGGGGCCCCCCGCAUCCUCCUGGAGAUGGCCUGCCGGGACCCCCAGGCCAGCGUGCGGGAGGGAGCACUCAUGGCUCUGCGCGCUGUCAGCCAGCACCCUGGGAUACAGCAGGUGUUGCUGUCCCUCAGGGCCACUGACCAGCUGGCUGCACUGGCCGGCGGUGACUCCUGGACCACGGCUGGGGGCAGCCCCCGGCCUUCAUCUGCACGCCACUGCCAGAAGCUCAUCCGCCUCCUCACACCCCUGCAGAGCACCUGAGGGAGCUCAGUGAGUCCCUGCAAGCUACGUGUGCCUGUCUCGGGCCCUGCGCUGGUGAGAAGGGCUGAAGCCAGCAGUCACCCCAGUGGUGGCAUCGGGAUGGGAGAAACGCUCCCCCUGACCCCCAGUGACUACUGGCUGCCCCAGGGGACUCUGCCUGGCCUCUCAGGCUGUGCCCUGGAUGCACUGAUUAGGACUGAGGAUGAUGACACUUUCUGCAUGCUGCUGUGGCACACUCAGCAGCAUAUGCAUAUGGCUCUGAUCAGAAGCAUCAGUAUGGGGCACUGUACCGAAGGACCCUUCCCACGUGGAGCCUUUUUUGGAACAAGUGCCUGCGAUCUACAGGAUCUGGCCCUUUUUAAGGGCCUUAUCAGCCGCAGCACCGGGCUGUGGCCGUGCCCUGCUCAUCCCGUCUAUCCCCCCUGCGUCCCUCUGACUGCUGCCCUCUCGGCCGCCAGGGGGCGCUGCGGGCGCGGUGCACGCCGGGAGCUGUAGUCCUGCCCGCCGCCCGCGGGACUGCUGGGAUGCGCGGUCACGUGGCAGCGCGGCGCCGGCCGGGAUCCCCAUGGUAACGGCGGGCCGUCCGCGGGCGGCUCGGGUCGGGGCACGGCGGGCGGUGAGUACGGGCGGAACCCCCCGCAACCCUUUUGAGGGCUGCGCCCCCUUUCCCGGCCAGUGAAGAUGCUACAGUAGAUUACAGAUCUGCUCUUGCCUCGUGCUAUGGCUCUACAUGGCCUCA